AUGACAAUCAAGUUCGCGGUCAUCCUCCUCACACUUCUGCUCGUCCGAGGCGCGCGUUCUGAUCCACAGGAAUAUGGCGACUAUGGAGAUCACCACGACGCCACUGUCAAUCAAAUGCUGGUUCCCCGGUCGCACCAGGAGGACGCCACGCUCAUACUGAACAAUUUGCUCAAGGAAUACGACAAGACGCUGCGGCCGGACAUCGGAGUGAAGCCGACAGUCAUCGAUGUGGGCAUAUAUGUCAACAGCAUCGGGCCUGUGUCAUCCAUCGAUAUGGAGUACCAGAUCGAUAUUAUCUUCGCCCAGACCUGGGUGGACACCCGCCUGCGGUACAACAGCAGCAGCAGCAUGCCGACUCUAACCCUCAACAGCAAUAUGGUCGGCUUGAUCUGGCUGCCCGACACCAUCUUUAGGAAUUCCAAGAAUGCUGACUCGCACUGGAUAACGACGCCCAAUCAGCUGCUCCGGAUCAGGGACAAUGGAACGAUACUUUACACACUGAGGAUGACCAUCAACGCAGAAUGCCAGCUGCAACUCCAUAAUUUCCCCAUGGACGAACACUCCUGUCCUCUCGUCUUCUCCAGCUACGGCUACCCGCGAGACGAGAUUGUGUACAAGUGGGCGCAAAACUCUGUGGCGACCUCGGACCAGAAGUACUGGCGGCUCUACCAGUUUGACUUCAUGGGGCUCAGGAACACCACGGAUGUACUCACGACGACAGCAGGCGACUACGUGUUGAUGACAGUGUACUUUGACCUCAGCAGACGCAUGGGCUACUUCACCAUCCAGACCUACAUCCCCUGCAUCCUGACCGUGGUCCUCUCCUGGGUCUCCUUCUGGAUCAAGAGUGACGCCACACCUGCCAGGACGGCCCUAGGUAUCACCACGGUGUUGACCAUGACCACCCUGAGCACGGUGGCCAGGAACUCGCUGCCGAGGGUGUCCUACGUCACGGCCAUGGACCUGUUCGUCACCGUCUGCUUCCUGUUCGUCUUCGCCGCCAUGAUCGAAUAUGCCAUGCUCAACUACUACUCCUACAGUGUCCGCAGGCCUCCUCCCAAGACGCGGAGAAUGGCCUACUCAUCCUUCAACAUGGCUCACACCCCGCGGCCCAUGAUGCCCAUGGGCAACUCCCUCUUCUGGCACGACUACGAAGACAACUGCCUGUACGAGUGCCUGGACGGGAAAGACUGCACGAGCUUCUUCUGCUGCUACGAGGAGUGUAAAGAGGGUGGCUGGAAGAAAGGACGGGUCCACGUCAACAUCCGCGAGCUGGAUUCCUACUCCCGGGUCUUCUUCCCCACCUCCUUCCUGCUGUUCAACAUAGUCUACUGGGUCAGCUACCUCUACCUCUAG